CGCCCCGUCCAAUUUUAUCAACAUUUGGACCACCAUGUCGGAGAAUAUGUGGCAACUGUAGACGCUGCAAAGGUUGAGAGGCAACCCAAGCAAAAGGCAAGACCGUUAUGUUAUGGAUACGAUAGCGAGCCAUCGGGUGAAUGAGUUCUCCGGGAGGAAGAGGCAGCAGAAAGAAGCGAGGCCCUGCAGGGUCCCCGCCCGACGGAGGGGCCACCUGCGACCAGGUGUCCCUACAUAAACGAAAUUUGUAUUACUUCUCAUACCCACUGCUGGCGUUGUUUGCAGUGCUCCGUGUCCUCGUAUUGCAUUUUGGCGAACUCUUCGCCUGGCUGUGCGAGCGGAUGUCUCGUGCUAUGGCUGCGAGACCCAAACAACGGGCAGCAGACGAGCAUGCGAACAAGGUGUGCGAGCAGGACAUCGGCGAGCAGAUCCGAAACCACCACAAACAAGCAUUCGAGUACAUCUCAGUGGCUCUGAGAAUUGACGAGGAUGACAAAGUGCACAAGGAACAGGCAGUCCAGUGGUACAAACGCGGAAUCGCAGAGCUCGAGAGGGGCAUCGCGAUCGAGGUAGCUGAAAACGGCGAGAAAUAUGAACGUGAUAAACGUCUACAGGCCAAGAUGAUCACCAAUCUGAUCAUGGCAAAGGAUCGCCUGGAGCUUUUAGAAAAGCUGCGUUCAGGGCCAGCUCAGAGAGACAUCUAUGCAGAGAGCUCAAACCAGUCAUACCAUAACGGUUAUCUACACUCAGUAAGUGGAGCCGUACCCAAAAAGAGGGACUCCCUGACUACUCACUCCAGUCACUCCCUCCCACGACCAAAGCAUACGCCAAAAAAAACCUUGCCGACAGGCCACGGGGGCCUCCAGCGCUCCCCCAGCUUCAUUGGGCCCUCCAGCAGUCACACACAGCACAGACUGGUCCCCCAGUCCAACAGAAACAAGAGUAAAACGGGCAACCGGCAAAACUGUAAACCCACCACCACUCCCACAUCCAUGUCCCCACUGAAGAAGAGGGAUAUGAAGAACUUGAAGAAUGUGGACAGCAAGCUUGCCAACCUCAUCCUCAGCGAGAUCAUAGACAGUGGCUCAUCUGUGAGGUUUGAGGACGUUGCUGGCCAGGAGCUGGCUAAGCAGGCCCUACAGGAAAUAGUCAUCCUGCCUGCACUAAGACCAGAGUUGUUUACAGGCUUGAGGGCUCCAGCACGAGGCCUUCUGCUCUUCGGUCCUCCUGGCAACGGAAAGACGAUGCUGGCUAAAGCAGUGGCCAUGGAGUCCAACGCCACAUUCUUCAACAUAAGUGCAGCCAGCUUGACCUCGAAAUAUGUGGGGGAGGGAGAGAAGCUGGUGCGAGCUCUGUUUGCCGUCGCCAGAGAACUGCAACCCUCGAUCAUCUUCAUAGAUGAGAUCGACAGUCUACUCUGUGAAAGGAGAGAGGGAGAGCAUGAUGCCAGCAGACGACUGAAGACAGAGUUCUUGAUUGAAUUUGACGGGGUGCAAUCUGGUGGGGAUGAACGGGUGUUGGUGAUGGGAGCCACCAACAGGCCUCAGGAGCUGGACGAGGCUGUUCUUAGGCGAUUUGCAAAACGGGUGUACGUGGCUUUACCAACAGAAGACACCCGGCUAAAACUGGUCAAGAACCUUUUAGGGAAGCACGGGAAUCCUCUCACACAGAAAGAACUGUCCCAGCUUGCCAGAAUGACAGAAGGCUACUCUGGCAGUGACCUGACCUCGCUGGCCAAAGAUGCGUCCCUCGGUCCCAUCCGAGAGUUGCGUCCAGAACAAGUCAGGAACAUGGCCGCAAACGAGGUGAGGAAUAUCAGGUUCUCUGAUUUUGUGGAGUCACUGAAGAAGAUCAAAAAGAGUGUCGGACCACAGACGCUGGACCUGUAUGUGCGCUGGAACAAGGACUAUGGGGACACCACGGGUGCAUGAGACAAGAGGGGACACACAUGUAGCCUCUGUCCUAACCCUGAACCUUCAUUGAGGCAGUGGAUUGAAAAGUGUUUUAAACAGAGAUUUUUUUUUUUCAUUAUUGUUUUUAACUCUAAGGUCAUAGGACUGUUCGAAUAAACUAUUUAUUGUGUGUUAUGAUACGGCUGUUGUCUUCCAAACUAUUAUAGUCAGUGAUUUUAUAAAUAAAUACAUAUAAAUGUCCUUCAAUUUGAAAUGAUUCAUAAAAACGGUACCUUGAGAUAAGGCACAUAUACAAUGCAUUCGGAAAGUAUUCAGACCCCUUGACUUUUUCCACCUUUUGUUGCGGUACAGCUUUUUAAUUUUAUUAUUCCCUCGUCAAUCUAAACACAAUACCCCAUGAUGACAAAGUAAAACAUGUUUUUAGAAAUGUUUGCUAAUUUAUAAAAAUAAAGUAAAAAUAUAA